UUGAUCAGCUCUGUGUAUUUUUGGCGGGAAAAUUGACCAGAAAACCCUCGACGACAGAGAUCAGCGAGAGGAGAGAGAGAAGUAGAUUGAGAGGCGAGAGAGAUAAUGGCAGAUGAAGGUAAGGAGGAUACGGGAAUGGAUCAAGUGGAGGAAGAUUUCUCAGUGUGGAAGAAGAACACACCAUUUCUCUACGACCUUUUGAUCUCUCACCCACUCGAAUGGCCAUCUCUCACCGUCCAUUGGGUUCCAUCGACGCCGAGUCCUUACGCGGCGGACCCUUACUUUGGUGUCCACAAGCUUAUACUCGGGACUCAUACUUCCGGUAGUGCUCAAGAUUUCCUCAUGGUCGCCGACGUCGUUACCCCGACACCAAACGGUGAACCUGGGUUAGGCGGCCCUAAUCAGGAUCCUAUUAUUCCUAAGGUGGAGAUUAGACAGAAAAUACGUGUUGAUGGAGAAGUGAACAGAGCGCGGUGCAUGCCUCAAAAGCCGACGCUUGUGGGUGCAAAGACAAGUGGCUGUGAAGUGUUUUUGUUUGAUUACGCCAAACAUGCUGCAACACCACAAACGAGUGAGUGUGAUCCUGAUCUGAGGUUAGUAGGACAUGACAAGGAAGGGUAUGGACUGUCUUGGAGUCCUUUCAAGGAGGGUUAUCUUCUGAGUGGUUCACAGGAUAAGAAGAUCUGUCUUUGGGAUGUUUCAGCUACACCGCAAGAUAAGGUUUUGAAUGCAAUGUUUGUGUAUGAGGGACAUGAAAGUUCUAUCGCAGAUGUAUCAUGGCACAUGAAGAACGAGAACCUCUUUGGGUCUGCGGGUGAGGAUGGCCGAUUGGUGAUAUGGGACACACGGACAAACCAAAUGCAACACCAAGUGAAAAUUCACGAGAGAGAGGUCAACUAUCUAUCUUUCAAUCCGUUUAACGAAUGGGUAUUGGCCACUGCUUCCUCAGACUCCACUGUUGCCUUGUUUGACCUCCGGAAGCUUAAUGCGCCAUUACAUGUCAUGAGCAGCCAUGAGGGAGAGGUUUUCCAAGUGGAGUGGGAUCCUAACCAUGAAACAGUACUCGCAUCUUCAGGGGAGGACAGGAGGCUGAUGGUCUGGGACCUGAACAGGGUUGGAGAAGAGCAGCUUGAGAUAGAGUUGGAUGCAGAAGAUGGUCCACCAGAGUUACUCUUCUCUCAUGGAGGCCACAAGGCUAAGAUAUCAGACUUUGCUUGGAACGAAAACGAGCCUUGGGUCAUUGCAAGUGUAGCCGAAGACAAUAGUCUUCAGGUGUGGCAGAUGGCGGAAAGCAUCUAUCGCGAUGAAAAUGAUGCUGAGGACAUCAAAGAAGAUAUUACACAACAGUCAUAAAAAUGAAGAAAUGAUUUGGUCUCUCCAUUACUUAAGUGUCUUAUCUUGCUUUAGCCAGUUUCUGAAAGACAAGCUUUGCGUCUGUAUUAGGACUAACAUGAUCAGUUCUGUUUGUUAAUGUAACCAUGUUUGGAUUUUGUUGGUUUCCUAUCA